UCGUCGAAGAUUCUUCGAUCCGUUCCGAACUCAAACUCGCUUUGUCAUUUUACGAUCGCAGGGCAAGUCGGUGUAAACAAUUUUAAUUCGCUUGUGAAAUUUGCGGAAAAUAUCAGUGUUUUACUGAAAAAUAUAUUGUUAAAUCGUAGUUCAAUUGAAUAAAGAACUCAUCAUGGAUAUGGACUACUCAAAUGACUGGAGAAAAGCUCACCACAGCACCGGUACCACCAUUAUGGCCGUGGAAUUCGAUGGUGGAGUGGUCAUCGGGGCCGAUUCUCGUACCAGCACGGGAACCUACGUGGCCAAUCGUGUGACGGAUAAGUUGACCAAACUGACAGACAAGAUUUACUGUUGCCGUUCCGGAUCGGCCGCUGAUACCCAAGCUAUUGCGGAUAUUGUGGCCUAUUCCCUGAACUAUCAUGAGAAUCAAACCGGUGAGGAACCACUUGUGGCCGACGCCGCCUGCGAGUUCCGCCAGUACUGCUACAACUAUCGUGACUCGUUGAUGGCCGGAAUCAUCGUCGCCGGAUUCGACAACAAGAACGGAGGCCAGGUCUAUUCGGUCCCGGUGGGAGGAAUGCAGAUCCGGCAGAGUGUCACCAUCGGCGGUUCGGGCAGUUCGUACAUUUACGGAUUCGUGAAGGAACAUUACCGCGAGGGAAUGCCCAAGGAUGAAUGCGUCGAAUUUGUCAAGAAGGCCGUUUUCCACGCGAUGUACCACGACGGAAGCUCCGGUGGAGUUUGCCGUAUCGGAAUCAUCACCAAGGAUGGAGUCGAGCGGCAGGUGCACUUCGCUCCACGCGAUUACGAAAAUGCCGCCGCGGCUCAAGCUGGACCUUCGGUGGCUGUCGUGGCUUGAAGUGUAGAUACGAUAAGGUCUUCGGAAUGAAUAAAUUUUUGAUUCGGUAUAAAUAGAAGUUUUAUAAGGAUUUUGGGAAAA